CUAGGCCCGAUUGCUCACCAUCAUAUAAGGUAUAGCUCGCAAAGUGUGCACUAAAUAUAUAAACGGAUAUUGAGUCACGAUUGGUCGUUUUACCCCACCCCAAAAAACAAGGCUGGAUUUAGCCAGUUCCGCGGCAACCAUCGCGACUUAUACCCAAGGUUUCUCAUAGGCUGCCACGGCCGCUUCCCGCGCCAAUCAGCGUCACCCGGACGCGCGCGGUGUGUAGUGACGCGCUACGACAUGAACAAACUUGGAUGCAACUAUUUCGUUUUCGAACCACCGUGAACGACGUAUGCAAGCGCGAAUCUUCGUCAUAGGGUGUUUAAUCGCCACGUGGGGCUCAUCGAUAUACUUGCGAAACUCUGGUGAUGAUCUGGUAAAACGAGUUGCAAAGCACGUCAUCCCGACGGAAUACGAGCGAAGUGAUAUUGAUGCUGUUAGGCGGUUCAGAACGCGCCAGGGACAGAGUGUAGUAUAUUUUGUGCACUUGAAGAAGGCUGGUGGGACAACGCUGUGCAGCUCCAUGGAUGCGUCAGGAGCAGGAGUGCGCGGAAACCGGAGUUGUAACUGUGAGUUAGUGACCUCACCAACCUGCGGACCUGACGCGCGUGCCUACGGUGACUUCGAACAGCAGCAGGAUUUGUUCUCUGAGUUGACUACCGGGGGACGACGAGUUGAAUUUUUUGGGAUGGAGCACCCUAUGUCACCUCAUUUCAACACAAGCACUGAACGUCCUUGGGUGUACGCCACCGCUAUUCGACAUCCAUACGACAUGUAUAACAGUCAUAUCGCGCAUAACGUCAACUAUUUCAGAAAGAGCGGGUAUACAGCGCAGCAAAUUUCCGAGCUGUCUGCGACAAGCUAUGCGGCUAGACUGGCAUCGCAUUCAUUCAGAGAAAACCUCCUCAUGGACACACAUCGUGAAAGCGUACCAGGGCAUAUAAUAUUUUCUUUGACUGGCAUAACAAGAACUGAUGACAUACAAUCGAUAGCGACAGCGACAUCAUUGAAGAACACCACGCAACUAGCGACGAUGACUAGAGAUGAAAUAAUGGCCCUUCUUCUUGAAACCGCGAAAGAACGAUUACGACACUUCAGCGCAAUAUUGGUCAGAGAAACAUACGAUCAGGAUUUGCGCGUGUUCUUUCAAAAUCUUGGUGUUACCAACUUCACGAUUGAUUCGAGUCGUAGCUCAAACAAUACUCUACGUAGUGUGAAGGACGAGGAUUUUUAUCAAGGCGAUGUACAAGUUCAGGCAGCUUUAUAUCAAAAGUUCAAAUACGACGUAGAACUCUAUGAGUAUGCCGUUGAACUGGCGAAACAUAUCAAUGUAAUCGUGUAAUUCACCGCAGGUGGUUUCAGUAGUCAACCGGAACCCAUCUUGAUAUUACAUUGACGUUAGACCACAAAGGAGUCAAAAUCCUAAAGCGGGCGGCUGCUGAAGACCACAUUCAUCACUGGUGAAUUUUACUCGUCAGUUCGCGAAGGUAAUAAACUGAUGUUGCGACAUCACGUUGAUCGGUGUUGUCUCACACGGCGAUUAGUGUCUCUGCUCGAGACACGGUCUCAGUUUCAUUGAUUUACAUCUCGUCCGUCUGGACAAACUAUCGAUAUCGUGUUCAUAAAAAUAACUUCAGUUUGAUGGUAUUAACUGAUGAUGCUACUAGUUGAGGAUCGCGGAGGGUGAUUUACGGCGUCGCGACGAACAAGCGACCGAGGCAAGGUGACAGAAAGCAGGCGAUCAAAGAUGAAUGCUUGGAGUACCUCUCCGUGCACCAUCCCGAAUUCUACCCCGACUCCGACCAGGAGCUUCCAGGGCGGCCCGUGAAUGCGAGCGGCGCUGCCGACGAAAAUGACGACGAAGACGAUGAAGAUGAUGACGUCCCGAGCGACGAAGAAAACUAGACGAAACAAAUGUACGAAAAGAUAGCGAAAUGACAAACUAGG